GUCACCGGUUGCCAUAGCAGCAUCCCCCCAAGAGAGGAAAAGAGGGGCGGAUUGGGGCGGAGCGCGGCUUCUGCGGAGGACGAGGGACGCUCUCCUCCUGCAGGUCUGCCUUCUACCAAAAUGAGCAGCCUGGAUGAGGGCAGCGGUCUUCCUGUCGCUAAAGACUGCGGCUUAGCUACUGCCGACCAUGCCCCGGGACAUCCGGACCUAAGCCAGUGCCAGGGCGAGGAAACCGAGGCGACGCCGGUGAUGGCGGACACAGGUGAGGGCAGCUUGGAGGCCGCCGCGGAGGGAGGCGCACCCCAGAACCCCGCUAGUUGUGCCCCGGUGCUCCGUGUUCGAGUUUUUGGGAGUCGCGGCCGAGUACCGACUAGAUCGGGCCAGAAAGAGGUUCUGCUUCCCAUGGAAGGCUUGGCAGCAGCCCGUGCCUCAGCCUCCGCCGCGGUGGCGACGGACAAUAGCCAGGAAAAUGGCUGUCAGCGUAGAGAGCCGCAAGGCCCUGCUGGGGAGAAAGCUCUAGAAGCCUGUGGCGCAGGGGGGUUGGGGUCUCAGAUGAUGCCUGGGGCGAAGGCGAAGGAAAUGACGACAAAAAAGUGCGCCGUUUCAGCGGCUGCGGAAAAGGAGGGAGGAGCAGAGGAGGUGGUGGAAGAAAAGGUGAUGCAGAAGGAUAAAAAGGUGGUAGGAGGAGUGAAAGAGGAGACACGGGGCAAGGCCCCGAAGAUCAAUAACUGCAUGGAUUCGCUGGAGGCCAUCGAUCAGGAGCUGUCAAAUGUAAAUGCCCAAGCUGACAGGGCUUUCCUUCAGCUGGAGCGCAAGUUUGGCCGCAUGCGAAGGCUUCAUAUGCAGCGCAGAAGUUUCAUUAUCCAAAAUAUCCCAGGUUUCUGGGUCACUGCCUUUCGAAACCACCCCCAGCUGUCACCUAUGAUCAGUGGCCAAGAUGAAGACAUGAUGAGGUACAUGAUCAAUUUGGAGGUGGAGGAGCUCAAACACCCCAGAGCAGGCUGCAAAUUUAAGUUCAUCUUUCAGAGCAACCCCUACUUCCGAAAUGAGGGGCUCGUCAAAGAAUAUGAGCGCAGAUCCUCUGGCAGGGUGGUGUCUCUUUCCACUCCAAUCCGCUGGCACAGGGGCCAAGACCCCCAGUCCCAUAUCCACAGGAACCGGGAAGGAAACACCAUCCCCAGUUUCUUUAACUGGUUCUCAGACCACAGCCUCCUAGAAUUCGACAGGAUUGCUGAGAUUAUCAAAGCAGAACUGUGGCCCAAUCCCCUACAAUACUACCUGAUGGGUGAAGGGCCUCGCAGGGGAAUUCGAGACCCAGCAAGGCAGCCAGUGGAGAGCCCCAGGUCCUUCAGGUUCCAGUCUGGCUAACUGAUGACCUUGUGAGAAGCUCAUGCACAAGUCUCCUCACCACCUCCCCUUGAAACUAUGCUUAGCCAACAGCAUGCAAUCUUCUCUCUGCUUUCUCUUCACACUGGAGUAUUUUAUUCUUUGGUUCUUCUAAAUCUUCAACUAUCAGUUGCAAGGUUGACUCUUACAUGCUUGUGUUCUUCCUCUGGACUUUCAUGUUCUUCUGUAUCCUGUUACAUGUUCCAGGUGCAUGGCCUUGCACUGCUUCUAUGCCAAGCACAUGAUGCCGUAGAUAGAUAAGCACUGCCUUCCUUUGCAUGCCUUGGGCCCUGUCUAUGACCAUGGCCUUCUCCCAGUUUUUUAAUUGUUUACCACAAAGAAGCUUGAAAUACCUUUGCAAAUAACUAGCUGGGCUUCAUACUUUAUGCCGACUGUCCUCCUGAUACUCAUGUACUGUAUGUCAAGUUCUUUGAAUUUCACCACUGCAAGAUGAAGCCGAUCUAGAUGAUGCCAGCCAUCAACCCAAACCGGACACUCUGGCUACCACUGACUGCUUCCCAGCUGCCUCCGUGGCCUGUGCCAUCCACCCACCUGGUUAUCUGGCAGAAUAAGUUGGCUGGUGGGUGGCUACUAGACAUGAAUGAGGUAACAGAGGAGAGGUGUUCAGUGUUACUGCAUUAGUCUUCUUUUGCCUUUGGGCACUCUGCUGUGUGAACAGGUACUGAGUCAGAGUUUGAGCUUUGGAUAUCUGAUUUGCAUCAGAGAUACCGUCUCUGGUUUGACAAUCUCAAGAAAUCUGAGGUAUGUCCGGCACUUCCAUUUGUGUUCCCAUGUUACUUUUGUAAUCCUGACACGGGUCUUACUAUCUCCUCCAUUUAAAUAGUUAAGAAAACAGGCUCAGAAAGCUGAAGUAAAUAUGCCUAAGAAGCAAGUCACAGAGACAUGUAUUUUUUAAUUUCAAGCCUAGGGUAUCUUCCACUAUUAUGAACAUCUGUACUAAAUUUGGCAUAAAACAAAAAGAUUUUAUUUAUUUAUGUAUGUAUGUAUGUAUGUAUGUAUGUGAAUAAUCAGGACUCAGUUGAAGGUUAUUCUUCAUUCAUUCAUGAUUAGUCUUUGAAAGGGGUACUUUUUAUCACUUACUACAGGGUUCCAUACAGUCACAGAUUAAAACACUAUUGGAAUUUACAAAUGCCAUCUUGAUAAUUGCUUCAAAAAUGAAUGAAAUUAGCAGUUUGUUGCCUUCAUCAAAGGGAGUAAAUGUACCAAAAGGACUUUAAAUAUUAUAUUUAUGAAAUUUAGUUGCUAAGAAUUGUAAAGAAAUGUUGACAUUUGUAUUAAAUUUAGAGAAUUUGAGUAUUUUUUAAUUGAUUCAACAUGGUGAUGCUUUUAAUAGGCACUUAGUAAUUUAUUUCUUCUCUACUUUAGUUUUUUAAAGUUUUUUUUUUUUUAAAGUACAGUCUACCCUCCAAUGUGAGGCUAAACUCAUACCCAAGAUCAAGAGUCUCGUGUUCUACCGACUGUGAGCCAACCAGCACCAAAGGGGAAAUUUGCUAACUAUGCAAGGUGAACAUUUGAACCUGAAUAUGAAGAAAGAGUAGACCUGCUUACUGAUGACUUUAGUGUAUGUGGCUUCCAACAAGAAUAGACUUCAUUAUACAUUUUAGGACUCCCAUGGUUCUUGGUUCUCUGUUUUACUCUUCCAGGUAGCAGAAAAGAUCUACUGUUAAGAAAUUUGGGCAUUUUAUAACCAGCUCAGGAGCAAGUCUAAAGGAGCUACCAAUUUAUUAACCUACACGCAUGAAGAAAGAGUAGAAGCACUUUCAUGGCCAAGCAAAAGAAACAUAAGAGGCUCUGAUUCUUCAGGCUUCCCGUCUCUGUCCCCUCUGAGCUCUUCCAGGAUGAGGACUGUCUCCCAAUUACUAUAAUGACGGGCUGGGAAAAUGUCUGAAUGCAUGCUGUCACCAAAGUAAACAACCUGACUUCAAAAUGGGGCCAGAAGACAAGCGGCUAAGACAGACCCAUAAACCAUCUCUAAAUCUGGAUUCCUUGACCUGGAUAUGGCUCGUGGAUACAACUAUAAACAAGAUACAACUACAGGAAAAGAGAAAUUUUUAUCUGGCAUCCUCGACAAUGCCCAAAUGCAGUGCUGUUUACUCUCCUCCAUUAUAAUUAAGACUAGUUCUGUAAUGGAU